ACGAGAAGGACAUUUUCGUAUCAGAUCGCUGAAUACUUCAUUAAUUGCUGAUGAAAUUGUCAGUAUUUCAGAGACUGAAUUUGAAAGUUUUGGAAAAGUUGAUGAAAUUAUCAAUGACAGUACCAAAUAUUUUCAACCAAAAUUAAAAACAUUUUGCGCAAUUGACUUGCUCAUUCCUCUAAACCAACUUUCCCAAAUGACUGUCAGUCAAUGGCUUGGCAAAGUUUUAUCGGAAAAAAUGCGUUUAUAUUUUGUUGUCCCUGAAGAUAUCUAG